GUGCCGCUGUGUGGAGCCACUGCUGACUCGAGUUGUUGUUGUGAGGAAGGCGGAAGUGAGAGGACUUCACUCUGGCCAGCUCUUCACACCGUGUUGGGAGGGAGCAGCUGGAGGAACACGGGCUCCAUCAUGUCAUCAGCGUACAGAAACAGAAUACAGGAAUUCAAAGAAACCUUGAGUGAAGAAAACAUCAACUUGAAGACACUGAGGGAGCUUUGCUUCAAUGGUAUCCCCUUUGAAGGAGGCAUACGAGCCCUUUGCUGGAAAAUCCUUCUUAAUUAUGUACCUUUCGAUCAGACAAUAUGGGAGUCAUUCCUCAAAAAGCAAAGAGAGGUGUACUCCCAGUUCCUCAAAGAAAUGAUCAUCCAGCCUGGUAUUGCAAAAGCCAACUUGGGCCUUUCCAGAGAAGAUGUCACUCUGGAGGACCAUCCUCUAAAUCCGAAUCCAGACAGUAGGUGGAAUAACUACUUCAAAGAUAAUGAGAUUCUGCUACAAAUUGAUAAGGAUGUGAGGCGGCUGUACCCAGACAUGGCGUUCUUCCAGCGCCCUACAGAAUACCCGUGCCAACUUAUCUUGGACCCACAGAAUGAUUAUGAGACGCUGCGACGACGAGUCGAACAAACCACACUGAAGGCACAAACUGUGAACCGCAACCGCAGUGGAGUCACCAACGUCAGCUCCCCUGGAAAGGCGUUGUACCUGUAUCCAUCUAAUGAGUAUGAGGUGCUGCCCAAUGGGAGCGAAGCACACUGGGAGGUGGUGGAGCGCAUUCUCUUCAUCUAUGCCAAACUCAACCCUGGGAUUGCCUACGUACAGGGCAUGAAUGAGAUUGUUGGGCCAAUCUACUACACUUUUGCCACGGACCCCAACAGCCAAUGGAAAGAGCAUGCAGAAGCAGAUACAUUCUUCUGUUUCACCAACCUGAUGUCGGAGAACAGAGACAACUUCCUCAAGAGCCUUGAUGACUCUCAGUGUGGCAUCACCUACAAGAUGGAGAGUGUGUACUCCAUGCUGAAAGACAAAGACCUGGAUCUCUAUCUCAAGCUGGAAGAGCAGAACAUCAAACCGCAGUACUUCACCUUCCGCUGGCUGACCUUGUUGCUCUCUCAGGAGUUCCUUCUGCCUGACGUCAUCCGUAUCUGGGACACCCUGUUUUCUGACCAGGACAGGUUCCACUUCCUCAUCCUUGUCUGCUGCGCCAUGCUCAUACUCAUCCGAGAUAAAUUACUGGCUGGAGACUUCACGGUCAAUAUGAGAUUACUGCAGGAUUACCCCAUCUCAGAUGUCCACACCAUCCUGAUCAAGGCCAAAGAUCUGCAGGACAACUCCUAGCCUGUUCGCUCUCCUAUCUUCUGCUUCCAUGUGGGAGGUGAGAGUUUAAACAUUACAAAACAUUGUCCAGUGACGCAUGUACCGUGAGAGGAUUCAAUCAAUGAAGAGCUUGGACAGAUAUGUUGGGACACCAGCACGCUGCUUUUUAACUCCAAGUCUGACGAUUGGUCAGCGGGACGGCCGUGAAGCCUCUGAUGACGCGCUGAGACCUGGACCCAUGCUACCGGGUAUGGGGUCCCCCUCUCCCGUGGAGACCGGUUGACGAUGGUUGUGCCACGUCAGUCCGACACUACACAUCUUAACGUGAAAACGUACCAGAAAGGUUUAACAACCGAGCCGAGACUUCGUAUGUAGUCAGAUGAAGCAACCGUGCAUGUUUGUUCUGUUGGUUUUAUAUGUUUUCAAAGUUGAAGGUUUUUAAUGUAAGGAAAGUAGUCCUUAUCUGUUUAAUCAUGUGAAACAGGAGUUGCAUUUUCUGUGUGGAUAAAAUGAAUAAAGUAACUAUGUUAUUAGUAAUCUUCUU